AUGGCAGGAGCAAGAGUUAGAAAUGAAGAGCCAAUUCAUUCUGAGAUCUCAAUCAGCGCACAAAGAAUCCUAGCACUCAAGAACUUCCGUUUUCCAAUUGUUCAACCAGAAAUUGCAGCAGCAAAUUUUGAAUUGAAACCAAUCAUGUUUGAUAUGCUGGAAACAAUUGGCCUAUUCAAUGGGAUGCCUAGUGAAGAUCCACUUCUUCAUAUCAAAAAUUUCAUGGAGAUAGCAUAUAGCUUUAAGAUACAAGGAGUUACAUCGGAUGCAUUAAAGAUGAAGCUAUUUCCCUUUUCUCUCACUAAUAAAGCUAAGGCAUGGUUGAACACACUACAACCUAAUUCCAUUCGUAGAUGGGAAGACAUGGCUGAAAAGUUCUUGAUGAAAUUCUUUCCUCACACAAAAGCAAUUCUCUUAAGGAAUGAUAUAGCAGCGUUCCAGCAAUAUGUUGGUGAGACACCUUAUAAAGCAUGGGACAGAUUCAAGGAAUUGCUGCAGAAAUGCCCUAAUCAUGGUAUACCAGAAUGGAUACAAAUGGAGACUUUUUACAAUGGUCUUAAUAAUCAAACAAGGGGUGUAGUUGAUGCAUCAACCGGAAGAGCUCUCUUAGCUAGGACAUUCACUGAAGCAUAUGAAAUCCUAGAGAGGAUGGCAUUUAGCAACUACCAGUGGCCAACGAAAAUAAUGAAUACACCAAAGAAGGCUGCUGGAGUGCUGGAGCAUGAUGAUGUAUUAGUAUUGGCAGAACACAUUUCAUCUUUGAAAGAUACAAUCAAGUCACUUAACCUGUCUGCUGAUGCUAGAGCACAACAAGUGCAUACCAUAACCAAUGCUAUAUCAUGUGUUUUCUGUAAUGGUCCUCAUGUUUAUAACUGUCCAAAAAACCCUCAAUCUGUUUGUUUUGUAGGAAGCUAUAACAUGACCAAUCCAUAUUCAAACGCCUACAAUCAAGAAUGGGGGAACAACUCAUUCUUUCAUAUUCACAAGGACAACAACAAGAAUUCUCUGCUAUAG